AUGGCAGUCCUUGAGCUCCUUGUCUCACCCUGGGCACCAGCCCUCUUGGUGGUGGGCAUCGUCGCCUACUAUGUUUAUCCCUACUUCGUCACGUUCGGUCACCUUCGCGACAUACCGGCCCCAUUCCCGGCACAGUUCACGAACCUGUGGCUGCUGUCUGUGGUCCGGCGCGGCACCAGGUACCUCACAGUCGAUGAAGUCCACAAGAAGCUGGGCCCCGUCGUCCGGAUCCAACCGAAUCAUGUGAGCAUCGCCGAUGAUGAUGCCAUUCAGACUAUAUACGGCCACGGGAAUGGCUUUCUGAAAGCCAACUUUUACGAUGCCUUUGUCUCCAUCCGCAGGGGCCUCUUCAACACCAGAGACCGCCACGAGCACACACGCAAGCGCAAGUUGGUCUCGCACACCUUCUCCGUCAAGUCCAUCAGCCAGUUCGAGCCGUACAUGCACGAGAACCUGGUCCUCUUUGUUAAAAAGUGGGACGAACUCAUCAAGAACGACCCCGCCGGCGCCACCAUUGACUGUCUCAAGUGGUUCAACUAUCUGGCGUUCGACAUCAUUGGUGACCUCGCCUUUGGCGCACCGUUUGGCAUGCUCCAGGCCGGCGCCGACAUCGCCGAGGUCCGCGAGUCGCCAACAAGCCCGCCCAUCUACGGGUCCGCCAUCGAGAUUCUGAACCGGAGAGGCGAGGUCUCGGCGACGUUGGGAAUCCUGCCCGAGCUGAAGCCCUAUGCAAAGUACCUUCCGGAUCCCUUCUUCAGCCAGGGGUUGGAGGCGGUGCAGAAUCUCGCGGGCAUGGCCAUCGCCCGGGUCAAGUCUAGGAUAGACGACCCGCCCGAUAUUGAUCGGGAGCCCCUCGGCAGGGAGGAGCUCACGGCCGAGGCGCUGACUCAGUUGAUCGCCGGCAGUGACACAACGUCCAACUCAUCAUGCGCGCUGCUGUACCACGCCGCAAGGACCCCCGGCGUGCUCGAGAAGCUGCAAAAGGAGCUCGACGACGCCAUCCCCGCCACCUGCGAGGUCCCGACCUACGACAUGAUCAAGGACCUACCCUACCUCGCCAUGGUCAUCAACGAGGCCCUCCGCUACCACUCCACCUCCGGCAUCGGCCUCCCGCGCGAGAUCCCGGCCGACUCGCCCGGCGUGACCAUCCGUGGACACUACUACCCGCCCGGCACGGUCCUUAGCGUUCCGUCGUACACGAUGCACCACUCUAAGGAGAUCUGGGGCCCCGACGCGGACGAUUUCCGCCCCGAGCGGUGGGAGUCGGUGACGACGAGGCAGAAGAACGCGUUUAUCCCGUUUAGUACGGGGCCCAGGGCUUGCGUAGGCAGGAACGUGGCGGAGAUGGAGAUGAAGCUGAUUGUAUCUACGUGGGCGAGGAGGUACCGCGUUGAGCUGAGGCAGGAUCACAUGGACACGAGGGAAGGGUUUUUGAGGAAGCCUCUGGGGUUGGACAUUAACAUUAAAAGACGGUAG